ACAGGGUUGAGCUCCCGGAACACUUUUUGAGUAUUAAUAACUAUAACAAGGCCGUUAAUAUUAGAUAAAAUGUCCGCACAAGAUAUUAAAGAUAUUGUUUCUCAAACAUGUGAUCUUGUGAUUGAAGAAUCAUCUCAAAAGAAUCAGGAAUUUCCAGUUUCUACAGCAAAGGAGGCGGGAAAUAAAAUUUUUAUUGGGAAUCUUAGUUAUAAGACAACAGAAAAUGAUCUUCGAACGUUGCUGGGAAGUAUUGGUAACAUUACUGCAAUAAGUAUGCCAGUACGCCGUUCAUAUAAGACGGGUAUUUCGCGUUUUCAGGGAAUUGCUUUUGUGAGUUUUUCAUCAGGACAAGAUGCUCAAAAUGCUAUUGAGCAAUGUAAUCAAAAAGAGCUUUUAAAUCGGAAGAUUACAGUUACCUAUGCAAAUCCCUAUCAAACGAAGCCAUCUAAUCGACGACAAAGGCCAUCCAAGAUUAAAACGAAAAAAAUGUCUAAAAAGAAUAGUGAUGGACAAGAUUUCAAGGAGCCUUCUAAGUCUAAAAAGAAUGUAUCUGGUAUUAGUGCUAAUGGCACUACAUCAGGUACUCAGAAACAAAUGGAUCGUAGUGUUUCUGAAGGAGAUGCUAAACAUAACCAAACUCGAUCAUCUAAUCGUUCAGGAAUUAGACGUGCACCAAAAGGUCCUCCUGCUGAUGGUAUUAAUAGUAAAACAACGGUUUUUGUAGCAGGACUUUCCUAUGAUACGGAUGAUGUGGAGCUUAUAGAAUGGUUUUCAGCAUAUAAUCCUCAAAGUGCAUAUGUUGCUCUUCGCCCAUUACCUCGUUAUUUGGUUGAAAGAUUAGCAGCAAGAGGAGAGCGACGAAAAGGACGUGGUUUUGGCUUUGUUACGUUUGAAAAUGAGGAUAUGCAAAAUAAGGCAGUAGAAGAAAUGAACGAUAAAGAAAUCUGUGGCAGAAAGUUAACUGUAAAAAUUGCUGUCGAUAAACCUCAACAAGUUCAAGCACUAUCCAAUGAUUUUCAUGAAUCCUGUACUGGUAAUACUGUUACAGAUUAGCAAUAAUGAAAAUAGAUUAUAUAUGUAGUAUAGGA